AUGCCACCACCUUACGACGACGCAAAAAAGCUAGGCGAGGAGCUUGCUCCCAUACCGACAGCAGACUUCGGAGAUGUCCAGGACUAUCCGAAAGAUGCGAAUGUCGUCGAUGCAGUGUUCGGAGCGAUCAAUCAUGAUGGACCGAACUAUAAAAACGUUGGUUGGAUGGGGACUGUGGUGCUCAUGAUGAAAACGCAGGUCGGACUCGGUGUGCUCGGGAUCCCAUCUGCUCUGCACACAUUGGGGAUGAUUCCGGGAGUCGUAAUCUUGCUGGUAGUCGGCAGCAUGACUACCUGGGCGGGCUGGAUGGUUGGACGGUUCAAGCUUCUCCAUCCUGACGUGUACGGCAUUGACGAUGCUGGCAAGUUGAUGUAUGGUCGAAUGGGCAGGGAGAUUCUAUACUGGGGCUUCAACAUCUAUUUUAUCUUCUUGUCUGGCUCGGCAAUGCUUGGUAUCAGUAUCGGAUUCAACUCUUUGUCGCUUCACGGCGCAUGCACUGCCAUUUUUGUCGCUGUUGCGGCUAUCAUUGGGUGGACGUUUGGAAGCAUUCAGACUCUUGGGAGAGUGUCUUGGAUUGCCUGGGUCGGUGUGGCGGGCAUCUUGACAGCUGUCUUCUCUCUCACUAUUGCCGUUGGAGUGCAAGAUCGUCCUGCUGCAGCGCCUCAGACUGGCGUUUACAAGUCCGACUACCUGCUUUUCAACAGCGAAGCCACUUUCGCAGAAGCCAUCUCCGCAGUUUCGACAAUCGUUUUUGCCUUCGCGGGUACUCCAGCAUUCUUCUCCAUCAUCUCGGAAAUGCGCAACCCUAAGGACUACACCAAGAGUCUCGUCAUCGCCCAGUCCGGUGUGGCUUUGAUCUACUUGGUCAUCGGGAUCGUUGUGUACUACUACUGUGGUUCAUACGUCGCUUCUCCUGCCCUUGGAUCCGCUGGUGUGACCAUGAAGAGAGUCUGCUAUGGCCUUGCCCUGCCAGGUCUUGUCGCAAGUUGCAUGCUUUUCGUCCACUUGCCAGCCAAGAGCAUCUUCAUGCGCUUUAUGAGAGGCACCGAGCACUUGACCAGGAACACCCCAAUUCACUGGAUGGCAUGGUUCGGCUCUACCUCGACAGUCGUCAUCAUCGCCUACCUCAUCGCAAGUGGUAUCCCAGUGUUCGAUGGUCUCAUCUCACUCAUUGGUGCCUCGUUCGCAACAGCAAUGUCCUUCCAGCCAAUGGGUCUGAUGUACCUUUACGACAACAAGCACAGGAGCAAGUUUGAGCGAACCACUGGAUGGUGGAUUCAUAUCUCCUGGGCAAUCAUCGUCAUCACUCUCGGCACCUUCAUCAUGAUCGGAGGUACCUAUGGCUCCAUCGUCGGUAUUGUCAACAGCAAGGACCGCACAUCUCCGUGGUCAUGUGCAGAUAACUCAAACUCGUCAUAG